GACUUAUUACCUUUCAACCAUAAAUUUAUUUCAAAUACAGAAAUGAUAGCCCAUUACAAAUUGUGUAUAAAACAUAUGGGAUGUUAUUGGAAUGGUAUCUUAUUUUUUUGGUGGUGGUUGCUUCUUCUGAGCUGGCUUCUUGUCUCCUUCUGCUUUUUUAUCUUCCUUUUUGUCAGCUUUCACGUCUAGGUCCGAUUUGCUCUUCUGAGCUUUCGGUCCUUUUUUAUUUUUACCAUCUCCUUUAUUUGCUUCAUUUGCUUUUUUCUCCUUCCGUUUAUUUAUUGCAUUGACAAUACAAGGAUAUAUCUCCCAACAAGCGAGGCAUAUGAGACAACUAGCGCUGAAUAUACAACAACAAGAUACGAGGCAAGCACACGCCAUUUUAUCAAUAAGAAGUCUAGUAGUGUCUCAGAUUUCGCAGCAAAAACAUCGUUCGAACUUGAAUCGAAUUUGGUUUUUUAUUUCGGGCUACUCACGAUUUGGACAGGUUUGACACUUUUGACAACACCUCAAUUUUAUACAGGAAGAAUACUGUUUUCUUCUAAUGCUUCUAGUGGUACAUCAACUUCUUCUUUUCUUCUGUUUGAAAUUGAUUCGAUGCGAGUUAUGGGAACAUUUCUCCUGAAUUUUGCCUAUAAUACAAACUUUUUUCCUGCAGAAAUAUACGGAACUAUAGCAACUGGAAUGUCUAGUAACGUCACAUAAACUUCAUCAUUUCAAUCCGUAUGAAUUUUCGACAAAUUCCUCAAAAUUCAAAGUGAUGAUUCUUCUGUUGAUGACAACCUGCACGCUGCUCAUGUUAGUCGAUCUCUACUGUACCACAAAAGUGAUGAGUUGUAACCUCAGAUGCUGAAAUUGGUUCUCUAGCUCAAUCAGUAUAAGGAAUUUAAAGUGAUGUUCGUUAUUCUAAUAACAUCCUGUACACUUCUUCUUAUGGUUAACAUAUGCUGUACAUCUCAAUUGUUCAUAGAUUCUCAGCAAAAAAGCUGAUGGUUCAUUUCCUCCUUUGACAAUGUAAAAGCUCUACAUUGAAAUGGUAGCAGCAACUGCUACUACAAUAAUGGCAGGUACUUCAGCUGCUUUUUUCUGUCUAGGAGGCGUUUUCUGUUUAUACAUAACGACAAUGAAUAGGGUUAAUGAUGGAAGAGACCAAAGAAAAGAUGAAAGUCAACAGUCCGACAAUGAAUGUUGUAGUAAUAGAAGUACUGAAACAGAUAUGCAAUUCGAGAUGGGAGCAGGUGAUAAAAAUGGUAGAAAGAGUAGAUCAAAAAAUCUGGAGAAUAAUCAGGAUUCAAGUGAAAAGAAAAGUGAACAGCAACGAAAAAAAGAGGAUGAAAAAAAACUACAACAACAAAUGAGAAGGGAAAAAGAUGAAAAGGAAAAACAAAAUCACGAAAAAAAAUCCAGGGAGAGUGAAGAGAAAAAAAAGCAACAAAAAGAAAGAGAGCAACAAAGUAAAAUAGAUCAAGAGAAAAGAAAGAAAGAGGAUGAAGAAAGAAAGAAACGAUUACAAGGACAGAAACAAAAAGAAGAUGAAAGGAGGAAAAAACAAGAACAAGAAAAAAGAAAGAGAGAAAUUGACCAAAAAGAAAGAGACAAGCGCAAAAAUGAAGAGAGAAAAAAAGAAGAACAAGAAACAAAGAAAAGAAAAGACGAGGAAAAGAUAAGGAUAGAACAAGACAAAAAGAGGAAAGAGAAUGAAGAAAAAGAUCGAAAACGGAAUGACAGCGAAAGAAGAAGAAAACAAGAACAAGAACUGAAAAAAAGAGAAGAUGAGGAUAAAAAGAAAAAAGAGCAAGAGAAAAAGAUAUUAGAGGAAAAAAGAAGCAGAAGCGAGCAACAACAUAAAGAGGAAAUGAAAAGAAUGGAGCAAGAACGAAUAAAAGCUGAAAAUGACGCGAAAAAACGUGAAGAGAAUGAAAGGAAAAUAAAUGAAAAGGAAAAGGAGAACAGACAAAAACAAGAAGAUGAAAGGAAAAGAAGAAUGAAACAAGCAGAGGAUAAUCGUAAAAAAAAAGAAGAGGAUGAAAGAAGAAGGGAAGAAAAAGAAAAUGAGAAUAGAAAAAAACGAGAAGAUGAAGAAAAGCAAAGAAUAAAACUAAAUGAGGAUAAUCGCAAGAAAAAAGAAGAAGAACGAAAAAGAAAAGAAAAUGAGGAUAGGCAAAAAAGAGAAGAGGAGGAGAGAAAAAGAAAAGAAAAUGAAAAUACACAAAAACGAAAAGACGAAGAGCGGAAAAGAAAAGAGAGAGAAAACCAGAUUAGACAGAAAAAAGAGGAGGAAGAGAAAAAUAAAACCAAACAAGAAGCAGAUAAUCGUAAAAAAAGGGAACAACCAGAGGAGAAAGGGAAAAGAAAAGAAGAUGAGAAAAGAAAGAAGACACAAAUUGAGAAUAAACAAAGAAGUAAAACGAAUGAAAGUAAUACACGUGAUCAAAGUACAUCUAGGGAAGAAGUUAAAAUGGGGAAUAAAAAGGAACAAGAUAAAAUGAAAAAUCGGAAAGAAAAACGAGCGCCACGAAGUCAAGAACAGAGAGGAGACAAAGAAAAUCAAGGUAAGGGAGAUCAUAGGCAAUGCCAAAAAGAUUGUUCAAAAUACCAAAAAUCGAAAGCCAGUCAAAAUGAAAAAAGCACUGAAGGAGAAAAAAAAAGUUUCGAAAGUAAAAGUAAAGAAAAACAAACUGAAAAGGAACAGAGACGAAAAACGGAAGCUAAAGGAAAAGAACAUAAUCAACAUCAGCAGAAAGUAAAUUCAAGUAACAGAAUUAAAGAAGAGCAACAAAGUAAAAAUGAAGUUAAAAAAAGUCAAGAAGCUCGAAAAAGAUCAGAAAUGAAUAAAAGCAACAAGGAACCUGCAAAGGCUGAAAAAAGAGACAAAAAUAAGAAGGAAAAAGAGGAACCACGAACAGAUGAAUAUCGAAGAAGUAAAGUAGCAGUAAUAGAUAAAAAGAAUACAUCAAGAGAAAAAGAAUUGAAAACAAGAAAAAGCAAUGAGAUCACAAAAUCCAAUCAGAAAAGCGUAGACAAGUUGAGUAGUCAAGGAGGUAGUGAUGCGCAGAGAAGUAAACAUAACAGAACGAUUGCAGAAGAUAAAAAUAGGAAGAAUCAAGAUCAAAAAUUGGAUAAAAAGAAGGAAUAUGGAGCAAUAAGAAAGCAACAAGGUGACACAAGGAAAAACAGCGCAAGAACAAUUAAUAUUGUGGAAAAUGAACGAAAGAAACAAGAACAAGGAACACCAAUGAGUGAAAAGAACAAAAAUAAUCAGCAGCUACAGAAAAAAGAAAGCAAAAACAAUCAAAGAACUAAGGACAGUAGAGUUUUAUCACGAAACCAAAGCAAGGAUCGAUUCGAAAAUACGAAAAAAACCAGAAGUCAAAAAGAAAUGCUCAACAGAAAGAGUAAAAGCUCAACUACAGGUUUUAAAGCAAACCAGAAGAAAACACAUAAGAAAAAUGUAGUUUGUAUUCAUUUGUCUGAAUCCUGCUUAAUUUAUAAAAGGUAUCUGACAUAUGAAUUCGAUUGAGUAAUAAAUUUUGUGCUUAGAUCUCUCUGACUCUUUAAUGACAUAAUUGACAAACUUUUCAAAAUUUAUCCUGAUUGAAAUUUGUUGUUUUCUUCAUACCAAACAUACUCAAACAUUUCAAUUCACUAGAAGAGCGUGAAGUUUGCUUUUAGAUCGCAAGUAUUAUUUGUGAAAAUCAGUUAAAUAAUACAAUGUGUUGUAUAUCUGCAGCCACAGCAGCAGUAACAGUAGCUCUAAUGUGUUUGGGAAGCAUGUGUUGCACCUACGUAAUAGUGAAAGAAGUAUUCCCAAGGAAGAAGCGAUGUUGUAAACCAUUAUAAUCCAGAAAAACCUGCAUCAAUUUUUAUUUAAACAAUUAAAAUGAUAUGUAACUCACGAUAAGAAUAAAUUCUGAUGAAUAAAAAGGUACUGUAAUACUAGGGACUCAAUUGAAUUCUUUGAAUGUAACGAAAUAUGGGGAAAUUGAUUAUUGUAUUCUGGAAACGAAUUUAUUAUAAAAUGUUUGAUAUUCGAUGAGAUAACAUAAUUGUCAUCACAAAGAAUAAUGAAGACAUUUCUAUGGUAUUUGUCAUUUUGACAAUUCACGAUAAUUCGAUUAAAUUAUUAGUGGGAUCGAGAAGUUUUUCUCUGAAACUAGAAAAUCUCAGUGUGGCAGUAAUAAUAAAGUAGAUUCUUCAGAAUGUCCUGUAUCUGUGCAACAACAAUAGGUGCUGCAGCACUCUUCAUCAUGGGCUGUAUUUGCUGUGGCUGUAUAGUGGUUAGAGAGUGCUUUCCAAGUAAGCAACAUAACUGUAAUAAACCAAGUGGAGGCGCACCAUGAUGAUAUCCUCAUUCAUUUUUUCUUGAAUUAUCUGUUUGAAUGAAUUAAAAGUAUCCCUUGUC